AUGAUCGCAGAACAGAUUGCUGCACUGAAUAUCGAGAACCGAUCUCAAAGUCGUCAUGAAGAUGAGGAAGAACAUUAUGAAAGUGAAGAAAUUGAAAAUCCAUUUGGGAAUCAUAGACAGAGAAGACAUGUCCCUCCACGAGAUCAUGGACGAUGGGAGUCAGGUUUCAAACUCGAAAUUCCAGAAUUUAAAGGAUGUUUGCAGCCAGAAGAAUUCUUAGAUUGGGUUGCUGCAGUUGAAGAAGUUUUGGAUUUCAAGGAUGUGCCACAAGACAAGCGGGUUCCCUUAGUGGCUACUCGAUUUCGAGGCAGAGCGGCUGCGUGGUGGCAGCAACUGAAGCAAACUCGAGUCCGAAAGGGAAAGCAGAAAAUUGAUACAUGGGAAAAAUUGCUAAAGUAUAUGCGAUCCACCUUCCUUCCACACAAUUAUUCCAGAACAUUGUAUCAACAACUCCAGAACUUGCGGCAAGGUUCUCGCUCUGUCGAUGAAUACACAACAGACUUCUAUCAAUUGAUUGCCCGCAUUGAUUUGGGAGAGUCUGAAGAUCAGUUGGUAUCUCGCUAUAUUGGAGGUAUGAGAAUUCAAUUUCAAGAUUCAUUGAAUUUAUUUGAUCCUAUUUCUGUUUCUGAAGCACACCAGCGAGCUUUGCAAUUAGAAAAGCAAAUGAAUAGAAAGCCAGGAAUGCAAGGUAGUGGUAGUAAUCGCCAGAAUACCUCAUCCCCAAUUCAGUCUCGAAGUGUCAAUUCUCAAGCACCAACUGGAAAACCACCAGUAAACCCUCCACCUACCCGUACAGCUGUUAGCGGAACCAGUGGAGCUGCAACACGCUGUUUUAAAUGUGGUGAAACUGGGCAUAGAAUGGCUGACUGCAAGAAGGGAGAUCGGUACGGGAAGGGAUUAUUCAUUGACAGUGAAGACACACCAACAGACGAGCAAUAUAAUAUUGAACAAGACCCCAAGUUUGAUAGCCAUUAUGACGAUUUUGAAGAAGAACAUGUUCAUGGUGAUAAUGGUCCUUUAUUAGUGGUUCGAAGGGUUUGUCUCACUCCACGAGCAGCUGAUGGUGAUUCAUGGCUUCGUAAUAAUAUUUUCCAGUCCACAUGCACAAUUAGGGGCAAGGUUUGUCGACUUGUUAUUGACUCUGGUAGCUGUGAAAAUGUAGUUGCUGAAGAGGCAGUUCAAAAGUUGGGAUUGGAGACAGAGAAGCAUCCUCAUCCUUACAAAUUAUCAUGGUUAAAGAAAGAAAAUGACGUAAGUGUUUCAAGACGCUGUUUAGUUUCUUUUUCCAUUGGUACUAAAUACCAAGAUCAAGUGUGGUGUGAUGUUAUCACUAUGGACGCGUGCCAUAUUUUGUUGGGGAGGCCGUGGCAAUAUGACAGGGGUGCAAUUCACGAUGGAAAGAAGAAUACAUAUAGCUUUUUGAUUGGCAAGACCAGACUUGUCUUAUUUCCCAAUAAGGAGAUUGUUUCCAAGCCAUCAAUAACUAUGGAAACUAAUACUCUAUUAACAAGGAGACAGUUCAGUGAUGAGAUUAAAAAAUCAGGGAUUGUUUAUGUGUUGAUUGGAAAAGAAUGUGAAAAACAACAUGGCAUCCCAGAAGCAGCCCAAGGUCUGAUUGCAGAGUUCCAAGAUAUAUUUCCAAGUGAGCUCCCUAGUGGUUUACCUCCACUUCGAGAAAUACAGCACCAAAUUGACAUAGUGCCUGGUUCGACUUUGCCCAAUCGACCACAUUAUCGCAUGAGUCCCAAAGAACAUGAAGAACUUCGUCGCCAAGUGGAAGAGCUUCUAUACAAGGGACACAUUCGGGAAAGUCUUAGCCCUUGUGCAGUACCCGCCUUACUCACACCAAAAAAAGAUAGCACAUGGAGGAUGUGUGUGGAUAGCCGUGCAAUUAACAAGAUUACAGUCCGCUACAGAUUUCCUAUUCCGCGGUUUGGAUGA